UUAACAUCUGCAAGGAAACAUAAGGUGGCCGGCGUCACGCAAGAUGACGCGACGGACUCGAAUGCUUGCUUCGUCCAGCGACAAAUAAGGACAGGCAGGGCGCCUGCAUUGCGUGCGCUUAGAGGCGAGGCGCUCAAGACAUUUCGGCAGCAAUAAUUGGUAUUGAGGCACAUUCUGCACCAGGAUGCCAAGAGGUGAACGUUGCUGCCUUAAUGUAUAUCUGCACAGCUGGCCGGUUACUGCGAACCGGGUGCCUUUUGGAGUCGCUCCUAAAAGACGUCACCGGCGCAACGUCGUCGUGCGGCCGUACAGGUAUGCAAAAUUGGCCCGGUUGCGCGCAGGCCGAUUAUUUAAGUGACAUUUGGUACCAUGCAUGAGCAUCCGAUUGUUGUUUUGCAAUUCUGUCUGACUGCACAAGGAACCCGUCCUUGGGAAUCAACAUCUGUCAACAUGGCGGCCAUGCUCUCGACGACCACCAUCGGCUUCCCUCGCAUCGGCAACCAGAGGCAGCUGAAGUUCGCCAUGGAGAGCUACUUCAAAGGCGACAGCGGCGAGGCGGAGCUGCUGGCCGUAGCGCAUAAGGUUCAAUCCGACGCAUGGGCGCUUCAGAAGGCUGCUGGUAUCGCGGUGAUCGGUCUCGACGGCACGCUGUAUGACCAGGUGCUUGACACCAUUACCUGGCUCGGGGCCAUCCCGCCGCGUUUCAAGCACCUCUCGGGUCUGCAGCGCUACUACGCUAUGGCUCGGGGUGGUGCCGCUCUGGACAUGAGCAAGUUCUUCGACACCAACUAUCACUACCUGGUGCCCGAGCUGGGGCCGGACGUGCUGGGCCCGGCUACCGCCGCCGGCGCGCCGCUACAGCCAGACUUCAGCGGGCCGCUGGACAAGCUGGCGCGCGGCCAGGCGGUUGUGGGGCGCGAGCGCGCGGUGCCGAUCCUGAUUGGCCCCGUGACGUUCGUGUCGCUGUCACGUGGCUGUGAGCUGCCGCUGGACCAGGCCGUGGCCCGGCUGCUGCCCACCUACUGCGCCCUGCUGCAGCAGCUGGCGGCUGCGGGUGCGCCCGAGGUGCAGCUGCACGAGCCCGUGCUGGCCACCAGUGAGGGCGCCGGCAUGCGCGCCGAGUUCGAGACCGCGUAUGCCCAGAUGGCGCAGGCCGCCGGCUCUGUGCCGCUGCAUCUGGUGACCUACUACGACGACCUCGGCGCCGCCUACCCCUGGGCCGUGCAGCUGCCGGUGGCGGCCGUCACGCUGGACUUCCUGGGGCCGCCCGGCGCCGCGGUGCCCAGCCAGACGCUGGCGCUGCUGCAGCAGCACGGCUUCCCGGCCGACAAGCGCCUGGGCGCCGGCGUGGUGGACGGCCGCAGCGUGUGGAAGGACGACGGCACGGCGGUGGCUCUGCUGCGUGCGCUGCUUGACACCGGCGCCGUGUCGUCAGACCGGCUGGUGGUCACCUCCUCCGCACCGCUGCAGCACCUGCCCUACGACCUGGGCCUCGAGCUAGAAGCCCCCAAGACGCCCGAGGCGGAGCCGCACCUGCCGCCCGCGCUGGCCGCCCGCCUGGGCUUCGCCAAGCAGAAGGUGGAGGAGAUUGUGUCCGUCGCCCGCCUGGCUGCAAGCCCCGCAGCCGCCGCUGCUGCAGCUGGUCAUGGCGCCGUGGUGCAGCUGCAGCGGCUGCAGCAGGGCAAGGGCGUGGAGGACCACACCGCCGACAUCCCGGCUGAGUGGUUCAGCCGGCCGAAGCCGUACGACGUGCGGCGCGAGCAGCAGCUGCAGCUGCCCGCGUUCCCCACCACAACCAUCGGCUCCUUCCCGCAGACCGCAGAGGUGCGGCGCCUGCGGCAGCAGCUCAAGAGCGGGCGGCUGACCCAGGCCGAGUACGAGGGCCUCAUCGCCGGCCACAUCGCCCACGCGGUGGGGGUGCAGGAGGCGCUGGGCAUUGACGUGCUGGUGCACGGCGAGGCGGAGCGCACCGACAUGGUCGAGUACUUCGGCAUGCAGCUGGGCGGCAUGCUGUUCACUCGGGCCGGCUGGGUGCAGAGCUACGGCUCGCGCUGCGUGCGGCCGCCGCUGGUGGUGGACGACAUCACCUACCGCGGCCCCAUGACCUGCUGGGAGUACAAGGUGGCGAGUGCCUACACGCGCAAGCCGGUCAAGGGCAUGCUGACCGGCCCCGUCACCAUCCUCAACUGGUCCUUCCCGCGCAAGGACAUCUCCCGCGCCGCCCAGGCAAUGCAGCUGGGCCUGGCGCUGCGACAGGAGGUGGCGGCGCUGGAGGCGGCCGGAUGCACCAUCAUCCAGGUGGACGACCCCGCUCUGCGCGAAGGCCUGCCGCUGAAGCGCGAGCGCUGGGCCAGCUACCUGAGCUGGGCCGUGGACGCGUUCCGGCUGUGCACGGGCGUGGCGGCUGCAGGCACCCAGGUGGUGACGCACCUGUGCUACUCGGACUUCCAGGACAUCCUGCCCGCCAUCGACCGCAUGGACGCGGACGUGCUGACCAUUGAGAACUCGCGCUCCGACAACGCCAUGAUGGCGGCGCUGGCGGCGGCCGGGUACGGCCGGGACAUCGGGCCGGGCGUGUACGACGUGCACAGCCCCGUGGUGCCGUCCGUGGAGUUCAUCAAGUCGCGCAUCCGCUCGUUUGUGGACAGCGGCAUUCUGUCGGGCCGCUACGACCGCAUCUGGGUCAACCCCGACUGCGGCCUCAAGACACGUGGCUGGCCCGAGACCAUCGCCGCCCUGCGCAACAUGGUGGAGGCCGCGGCGCAGGCACGCGCCGAGCUGCAGCUGGCGGGUGGGGCGGCAGUGGCGCCUGUGGCGGGAGGCGUCGAGGCUGCGGGCAAGGGGGCGGCGCUGGGAGCUGCCGCCGGAACCAGCCGCUGCGUGGACUGCUGCCACUGAGCUGCCUGCCUUGAUUUAUGCUGAUUUACUCAUCGUGGCUGCGCGUGCGAGCGGUACCGACUAGGCAGAAGUACUGACUAGGCAGGAGUACUGACUAGGCAGGAAUACUAGAGAAGGGAGGCACAUACGAUGGCUGUGGUUGGCAAGGAUUGGUGCAUGACAGUGGUUAAGCUCUACCAGGCGUUACUCUUAUCAGGGCUGGCUCUGGCUGAAUUGUGUACGGUGCACACGUAGGUUCAUUAGGGUGAGCAGACGGUAUGUCGAGCUUCAGUCGGGGUGGCAUGCGUGCCCCCUGCAAAGCCGCACGCGACACGCUGGUCUGGAUCGGUCUGAGCACUUUCGUACAAUUUACACAGCUGCUUGUAACCCAACGCAUUGCUCUCAAGUCCUGGUGCAAACAAGGUCAGGCCGCGGCCAUCACGCGACCACCUCAGCUGCCUACCACCUUACAUCACCAAGUGGCAUAGCGCAACGUCCUCACUGCGGAAGCCUGCGCCUUCGGCGGACACCGCCUGCCUGCGUCCACCGCGCUGACAGUCCAAGUAUCAUGCCCCGUCGCGCACAGCCGCAUGGCCCCAUCCUGCUGUCAACCUGUGUGACAUCAUCCUGCUAGCUGGUUACUGCUCUGCCGGUGUCUUUGUGGUCAUGGACAGCGCAUGAAGCCCUGCCUUGAACUCAUCCGACAGAAGACCGUAUAUGAGCUGGUGGCCUGUAGGGUAGCAAGGUGUGACGU